AACGAAAGAUAUUCCACUUUUUGAAAAGUAUGAGUAGUCGCGCAAUUCUUCGCACACUUCCGUCUCGCGUGUAAGCGUGUAAUCAAGUGUCGAUCGUCAUUAUUUAAUAUAAUUUAAAGAUGGGUGAACCUUCAGGAUUAACAAAUAGUGAAGCACGGGAACUUUGUAAAGAACCUGAUCCUGUAACAAAUGGAUAUAUUAUGCAACAAACAAUGUACCGUAUUAAAGAUCCAAGAAAAUCUUUACCUUUUUAUACUGAGGUGCUUGGUAUGCAUUUAUUACAGAAAAUAGAUUUUCCUAAAAUGAAAUUUUCUUUAUACUUUAUGGGAUAUGAAAAUCCAAAGGAUAUACCUGUUGAUAAAAGAGAAAGCAUUGAAUGGACAUUUAGCCGCAAAGCCACUAUAGAACUUACUCAUAAUUGGGGAACAGAAACUGAUCCUGAUGCUAAAUACCAUAAUGGAAACACAGAACCUCAAGGAUUUGGUCAUAUUGGAAUCACAGUACCUGAUGUUGAUAAAGCUUGCGAAAGAUUUGAAAAGCUAAAUGUAGAGUUUGUGAAGAAACCUAAUGAUGGUAAGAUGAAAGGAAUUGCCUUCAUUAAAGAUCCAGAUGGUUACUGGAUUGAAAUUAUAAGUCCAUCAGUUGUUGCAAAUGUAGUAUUAAAUCAUUAAUGUAUUUUACAUGAAGUAAUUUUUUGAGACCCCUAAAAUGUAUUAAUUUUAUUAAACACUAAACAAUUAGAGGCAAAACGAAAUCAUUAAAUAUACAUAUAUG